UGCAAAAAGCCAACUAUCAUCGAUCAAACAUCUCCCAUCACCCUUUUAAUCAUAUCUCUGCUGACAUCCAGUGGCCAUGUCUAAUCACAACAGCACAAAUCAACAAGUCUGUUCAUCUUUUUGAAUCCACCCUGCUACUGUUGAUAAUAUGUGAACACUGUGAAAUACUACAAGCCUAAAAAUAUGAUCUGAGAAGUGCUUAUCCGCUGCACUCACUGUCAGAAACACAGACUGCAGUGUUCAAUGUUUCCCUAAGGCAAACUUUACAUCUCUGCCCCCCUCCUUAGUUUUUCUCUGACAAUGGACAACACUUACAAGCCUGCACUAACCAAAACAUUUCUGGAGCCAGACGAAAGCCAUCUUUCAUCGCAGCAGCCCUGAAGAUAUGUGCAGACACACACAAUUAAGUGUGAGUCAGUGUGUCUCUGCCUACUCCACAUGCUUGGACAUGUUGGAAAAAGGAUGUGGGUUAAUCUUUAGAGAGUGAACAGGCGAUGUUUUAUAGGUAAUCCCUUGUCACUUCCCAUUAGUUGGUACGUGCCGCUAAUUGAACAAAUCCAACAGGCGAAAGCUGUGUAGCCAAAGUACGUACACUUUAAACAAGUUCUAACCUAUAACAUUCACUGAGCUGUACAUAUCAAAUUAAAGUGUGAUACAAGCAACCAAGUCCUACUUUACUCAACAAAAUAACAUUUCCUGGUUUGCUCACAACAACUAUAGCUUGACCUACAGUUCACUGGACAAUAUGACUGCUUUAACAUUUACAUUGUACAACAAACUGCUUAUGAAGGUCAAGUGUUUUUGUCCCAGACAAAGCUCUUACAUUUUCUUCUGACACCGGUCUCUGACCUCACCAUCAGGUUCUAGCCAUCUCCUAAAAUGAUUGGCUCAGUCUUAUUCCCUGACUAGAUAAGCCCCGCCCUCAGGUUUUAGUCUCUGAGCUGACUUUGAUCCAAGAUAACACACCAUAAGGUGCUGUUUGCUUUCUAAUGUGUGUGGGGGGGAUCAGUUUGUGUGGGUGGCUGGUGUUGUCUUUUGUUGAAUCUGUUGUCUAGAAGCCUCAGCUUGUGUUUUUGAGUGGUUCAGUGGCUUUUCUGGGCUUUGGGAAACAGUGACGCUGCUUUCAUCAUAUGUCAGGAGGAUAUGGAGAAUCAAAGACAAGCUGCAGAGGAUUUGACAACAACAGGAUGUGGCCCCAAAACCCUGAAAGAACUGGUCUCUGAGGCCUGAAUCAGCCCAGUAAUGGCCCUCAAUGAACUGAAAUGGAGUUUUGUUCAGGCCAAGGCUCUAGUCCACUCACUGCUGGUCCUCCUGUGUCUGCACACAGCCACAGGAAUGUCAGGGUGGGGUGGAUGUUUGGAUGGUCAAGAUGUCUUCACAAAAAUCCCAGAAAACAGCCAUUGGGGAGAUGUUGUUGCUGAGCUCAUGGAUGAGAGCACAGUGGAGGGGGUUCACUGGAGCCUAGAGGGAAAUGAUGCUGAUUGGUUCUUCUUGGAUGAGACAAGCAUCCGGCUAAACACAUCGGAAGAGAAGGUCCUUGACCGAGAGGCUCAGGGUCCUGUCUUAAUGGCUGAGUUGUCCUGUUAUGAGGACGACACACUUCAGAGUGUGUACAGGAUCGUGGUGGAGAUCCUCAAUGAAAAUGAUAAUACCCCUGAGUUCACAGAGGACACUGUCACGUCUCUUACUAUCAGUGAGUUGACUCCAGUGAAUACUGUGGUGUUUACCGUUAAGGCCUCUGAUGCAGAUAAUGACAAGAUCAUUUACUCUAUUGACCAGGCAUCACCUGAUGCAGAGUACUUCAAGAUUGACCUCCCCAACAGCGGAGAGGUUAUUCUGUCUAAAUCUCUUGACUAUGAGACCAAAACCCAGCUGACUGUUACAAUCCAUGCCUCCGAAAUGGACACUGCUGAGCACUUCAACACCAGCACCACAUUAACCAUCAUCGUCCAGGAUGGAGAUGACCAAUACCCAGAGUUCCUGCCCUGCAGGCUGCUCUUCCAGGAUGAGACCAGUCGCAUCUGCACCAGCCCUGUGUACACAGUCAAUGUCACAGAGGGGGAAGAGGACGUGGUGUUGGACUUCUCUCCUGGUCUCAUUCAUGCAGUGGAUGGAGACAGAGGACUCAGCUCUCCACUUAGCUAUGUUAUUCUCUCAAGUACCACACACACACCAAUGCAAGUUCAUAUUUAAAAUCUGCGUACAUGUGUACAUCUGUAACUCUGGUUGUGUUCAUGCUAGGAGACGAUGAUGGCCGUUUCCUG